UCAUGAACACCUUGUUAUAGCCAACAAAGAGUGUUGUUGCUAUAUAUAUAUAUAUAUAUGUUCUGAGUUUCAUAGAAUAAAUGUGUUUAGUGUGUACUCCGUUGUUGCAGAAAUGGAGAACGCAGAGAGUUCAAGCGGUGUUAGACUGGAGCGUGCCAUUUCUCCGCGCGAUCUAAGUUUGUUCGCCAUAUGGAAUCAAUUUCGUAGUUUCUUAGUGAUUUUGUCCAAAAAGGUCAUAAAGAAAGUUCCUACUCUUACUAGGACGGAUACAAAGGAUUCAGUUGACAGAGAUGCUGUGCUUGCAAGAGUUGAAUCAGAGAAAAAACAGGCUUUAAUUAAAGCAUGGGAAGAAAGUGAGAAGACAAAAGCAGAGAACAGGGCAUAUAAGAGGCACAAUGCAGUUGUAUUGUGGGAAAAUAGUAAGAAAGCAUCUGCUGAGGCAAAUCUCAAGAGAAUUGAGGAGAAAUUGGACAGAAACAAGGCCAAGUGUGUUGAAAAAAUGCAAAAUAAAGUGGCUGAAAUUCAUCGUACGGCAGAAGAAAAAAGGGCAAUGAUAGAAGCUUACAAGGGGGAAGAAUUUCUGGAAAUAGAGGAGAAAGCUGUCAAGCUUCGUACCCGUGGCCAUACGCCCAGGAAAUUCCUUCCAUGCUUUGGCAGUUAAAGGAUUUUCACACCAAAUUAUCAUUGCCUUUCUUUUUUGUUGUUAAACGUUUAAAAUUUUAUGUGUUGCUUAUCUGUAAUAAGAGACGCACAUUCAUAUUUGCAUAUUAAAUGCAUAUAACAAAAACUCACUGGUUAAUCGAA